AUGUGCGCCGGGACAGCACACAGGCGGUGCGGCGCUGGCCGUUCUUUGCUGCCGCCGGCGUCAGUCCCCCAGCAGGCGCAGCCUCCAGUCUCGCCGCUAUCUGCGUCCCCACACCACGGCACACCGCGCCACCGCCGCCCGCUCGACGCUGCAAGAAGAGGCGAGCACCGAGAGGCGACGGCAGAAGAAGCGGUGAGCACCGAGAGGCGGCGGCAGACGAAGCGGCGAACACCGAGAGGGGGCGGCAGAAGAAGCAGCGAGCACCGAGAGGCGACGGCAGAAGAAGCGGCGAGCACCGAGAGGCGAGGGCAGAAGGAGCGGCGAACACCGAGAGAAGGCAGCAGAAGAAGCGGCGAACACCGAGAGGCGGCAGCAGAAGAAGCGGCGAACACCGAGAGGCGGCGGCAGAAGAAGCGGCGAACACCGAGAGAAGGCAGCAGAAGAAGCGGCGAGCACCGAGAGGCGGCGGCAGAAGAAGCGUCGAGCACCGAGAGGCGAGGGCAGAAGGAGCGGCGAGCACCGAGAGGCGAUUUCAGAAGAAGACGCGAGCACCGAGAGGCGGCGGCAGAAGAAGCGGCGAACACCGAGAGGCGGCGGCAGAAGAAGCGGCGAGCACUGAGAGGCGGCGGCAGAAGAAGCGGCGAGCACCGAGAGGCGACGGCAGAAGAAGCGGCGAGCACCGAGAGGCGGCGGCAGAAGAAGCGGCGAACACCGAGAGAAGGCAGCAGAAGAAGCGGCGAGCACCGAGAGGCGGCGGCAGAAGAAGCGGCGAGCACCGAGAGGCGGCGGCAGAAGAAGCGGCGAGCACCGAGAGGCGACGGCAGAAGAAGCGGCGAGCACCAAGAGGCGGCGGCAGAAGAAGCGUCGAGCACCGAGAGGCGACGGCAGAAGGAGCGGCGUGCACCGAGAGGCGAUUUCAGAAGAAGACGCGAGCACCGAGAGGCGGCGGCAGAAGAAGCGGCGAACACCGAGAGGCGGCGGCAGAAGAAGCGGCGAGCACCGAGAGGCGGCGGCAGAAGAAGCGGCGAGCACCGAGAGGCGACGGCAGAAGAAGCGGCGAGCACCGAGAGGCGGCGGCAGAAGAAGCGGCGAACACCGAGAGACGGCGGCAGAAGAAGCGGCGAGCACCGAGAGGCGGCGGCAGAAGAAGCGGCGAGCACCGAGAGGCGGCGGCAGAAGAAGCAGCGAGCACCUACAGGCGACGGCAGAAGAAGCGGCGAGCACCGAGAGGCGACGGCUGAAGAAGCGGCGAGCACCGAGAGACGGCGGCAGAAGAAGCGGCGAGCACCGAGAGGCGGCGGCAGAUGA